AGUCCUAGACAGACGGCCUGCGUGUUGAGAAACGGGCGGCAGCUGACACGUGUGAGGCAUUAAGGCCUCACCCGCCCCUGCGCGCGGUGCAGCCCCUGGGGAAGCUUGUCUUUAACGAGGUGGCUUUUCUGUAGCUGCAGAGCUCGGGAGGGCUCCCCGGCUGUGGCCUGGGCAGAGCCGCAGGGACGAGAGCAGUGCAGCACCCUCCUGCCCUGGUGCGGGCUUCUCCGCGGGCUCCAGGGCAGUGAGGGAGAGGUCGCAGGAGCCGGUCAUGUGGACCAGCUGGUGGCUGUGGCCCCUGGUGGCCGUCUGCACAGCGGACUCAUUCCUGGACCAGGCAGUGCAAAUCCUGCGGGUCACGCCGGUCAUCGACGGGCACAAUGACCUGCCCUGGCAGCUGCUGAACAAGUUCAACAAUCGGCUGCAGGACGCGAGGGCCAACCUGACCGUUCUGGCCGACACCCACACCAACAUCCCCAAGCUGAGGGCUGGCUUUGUGGGGGGCCAGUUCUGGUCUGCAUACACGCCCUGCGACACCCAGAACAAAGACACGGUGAGGAGGACACUGGAGCAGAUGGACGUGGUCCACCGCAUGUGUCAGCUGUACCCCGAGACCUUCCUGUGCGUCACCGACAGUGCAGGCAUCCAGCAGGCCUUCCGGGAGGGGAAGGUGGCCAGUUUGAUUGGUGUGGAGGGCGGUCACUCCAUUGACAGCAGCCUGGGCGUCCUGCGGGCCCUCUACCGCCUGGGCAUGCGCUACCUCACCCUCACCCACAACUGCAAUACGCCCUGGGCUGAUAACUGGCUGGUGGACAGAGGGGACGACGAGGCCCAGAGCGGAGGGCUGUCAGUCUUCGGGCAGCGCGUGGUGAGGGAGAUGAACCGCCUGGGUGUCAUGAUCGACUUGGCCCACGUGUCUGUGGCCACCAUGAAGGCCGCUCUGCAGUUGUCCACGGCCCCGGUUAUCUUCAGCCACUCUUCCGCCUUCACCGUGUGUGCACACAAGCGCAACGUGCCGGACGACGUGCUGCAGCUGGUGAAGGAAACGGGCAGCCUGGUGAUGGUGAACUUCUACAACGACUAUGUUUCCUGUGCAAGUGAGGCCACCCUGUCCCAAGUGGCAGACCACCUGGACUACAUCAAGAAUGUGGCAGGAGCUGCGGCCGUAGGCUUCGGUGGGGACUUUGACGGUGUUACAAGGCUCCCUGUGGGGCUGGAGGACGUGUCCAAGUACCCAGACCUGGUCGCUGAGCUGCUCAGGAGGGGCUGGACGGAGGCGGAGGUCAGGGGUGCGCUGGCUGAGAACCUGUUGAGGGUCUUCCGGGAAGUGGAGCAGGUGAGCAACCAGGCGCAGGUGCCCGAGGAGGAACCCAUCUCACUGGAGCAGCUGGGCGGCUCCUGCAGGACGCAGUACGGCUACUCGGAAGCCCCCAGCCUCCACCGCCGGCCAGGGGCUCUGCUGGCCUCCCUCAGUCUCCUGCUGCUCAGCCUGGGUCUCCUGUAAUCCCCGGGGACUGGGGGCCGCGUGCACUUACGCACCUGCUGCCCCCACAUCAGGCCCUGGGCCCACCAACACCGACAGGCCUGCUCAGGACACGAGCAAACCACAACCCUCAAUAAAAGCAAGAGCCCUGCAA